GUUCAACCCGACGUGAUUGCUCCUUCUACAUAAUGUCGGCGUCAUUAUCACUUAAGCAGAUAUUCGAAAAGUCGCAGCUGCUCACGACGCACAUAUCGAAUCCUGAGCUACCUCCAUUGGAUCGUGGCCUGGAUCAAAUUGAGCACCUGUCUCAAAAUCUGGCGCCAAAUGUUGACGGCAGUGCCAACCCUAUUGACAUUAGAGCACAUUACUUUCUGGCAAAGGGUGGCGUGAAUGCUCAAGCAAUGGCACGUCACUUAGACACCGUCAAAUUGACUUCCACAUUCGAUCUUCGACGGCCAGUUCACGACACAGACAUCGACGGUUAUCUGAAGCAGGAGCAUCAGCGUGUCAUUGCUCAUACCAUAGAAGCUGGAAGAUGCGAGUCUUCUGCAGCGCUGGAGAGAUCGUACGAUAAAGACCUAGAUGCGGCAUGGCAACUUGCUACCAAAGGAUCAGCAAAGCAGACUUCGGAUAGCACAUCACUGUUUCAAUCAACUUCAAGUUCUCUUGGUCUGGACGAAAUUAGUGGUAUUGCAGCGAAGUUUGGUUCAGAUACUUUGCAACAAUUGUUGGCGCCAAUCGACGUGGAACAACCCAUCUCUUUCGACUGCAGUAAUCAUCCACAGCUUUUGACCUUUGCAACAAUUAUAUAUCGAUUCAACUUGGCUCGCCUUCAAAAUCAGCCAUAUGACCUCAUGUCAAGCCUAACAAGGAUAUCAAUGGAUCAAACCUUUAACGAGCAACAUCCCAUGUACCGAUUCAUGUCGCUCAUCACCAAUUUAAUUCAAAGUGCUGAGAAAGCCGGUAUCGCUGCCCACCUUGGCGGUAAGGAUGAUGAAGCUAGUCUCAAUGCUAGGGCGAAGAUGGUCGGGAUUGCAAAGAAUUGGCUGGAAGAACAAUAUGUCUUAUUCCUCAAUGCUACUGUACAGUCGAAGUCAAGUAUAUAUACUGGUACCUCGCCUGCUGCUAAGAUCAAAACAUUCAUUAGUGCACUGCACAGUGUUAAGACUAUACCAAACCUUGAGAACGUCAAUGGUGAACAACCUUGGGCUAUUCUUUUUUACCACAUGCGUACUGGUCAGAACAAGGAAGCUUUGGAUUAUAUAAACAACAACCUACCCCUUUUCAAGAGCACACCUAGCAUAGCAGAAUACUUUUCGGCCUUCAUUGCAGAUCUUUCAGACGGAUCCAUGUCAGAAUUAACGAGAUCGAGAAUACAACUUGAAUAUGACCAAAUGUCUCGCAACACCGCCGAGCCUAUCGACCCUUACAAGUUUGCAGUGUACAAAAUCAUGGGUCGGUGUGAACUGAACAAGCGCACCUUACCUCAUAUAACUAGCAGUACUGAAGAUUGGCUAUGGCUUCAGCUUUGCCUGGUUCGCGAGUCCGCAGCCAGCUCUAUGAAAUCCGGAGGAGAAUACCGAUUGGCAGAUCUUCAAAAAGUUCUACAAAAAUAUGGUCCUGAGCACUUUGAUCCACACCGCGCUAAUCCAUGGAACUAUAUGAUCCUACUCCUUCUUACGCUCCAGUUUGAACAAGUUGUUCAUCAGCUCUACAGCAGCAAAUAUCAGAUAGAAGCUGUUCAUCUUGCUAUUGGAUUCGCCUCCCAUCGCAUGCUCAGGACCACUCUAGAUACAAAGCAACAAGAGAGCCUCUUGGUUGUUGGAGACGACGGCUCACCAGCAUUGAACUACAUACAUUUAAUACACCAAUAUUCGCUGAUGUUCACAAUUUCCAAUCCAGAAAUCGCCUUCCAGUAUCUUCUGACCAUAUCUGUGCUGGAUGACGAAGCGUCUAACGGAAAACGAGCAUCCGAACUAUGCCGGUCAUACAUCGAAGAGCUCGUCACACACACCAGAGCGUAUUCGGUGCUAUUGGGAAGUCGUACUGUGGACGAUAAAGUCGAGCAAGGUUGCGUUGAGGAAUUCAAAAAGCUCAUCAAAGCAGACGAUACGUUCACCCGGUCAUUGGUGGUUGCUGCUGCCGACAAGUGUCGCCAUGAAGAACGCCAUACUGAUGCGGUUGCCCUAUACUACCUUAUUGGCGAUCAUGCUGCUGUCGUUGACAUCCUGGUUCGAGAGCUCGGAAAAGAGUUGAUGCAGCCAGUUAUGCGACAGGGACCUGGUGCGGACAAUCAAUGGUCGCAAGCGAAUAUACCAAGUAACAGUGAAGAGCUUGUCAAGUAUGCGAACGAUGUUGCAGCACGAUAUCGAACUGCACGUCCUGGCGACGGCAUCUCCCAACAGAGAAGAACAACUUUACAAUCAUUGGCAAAGCUGCAUGAGUUCCGUUAUCUUUGCAUUUAUGGAGUAGCUGAGCAAGCCUUAGAGCUGCUGAAUGAAGUAGGCAUUAUUCCCAUGCAAGGCGAUAUGACUACUAUUGCUCGCAAGGCAGAACAACUUGAAGACUAUGAGGAUACAAUCGUUCGAUGCAUUCCUAACCUCUUGCUGAUGACGAUGGCCCUGUUUAGCGAGCUAUUCAUGAUUUCCAAGCAUUCUGGUGAUACCAAUAAAACGAUGUUGGUCAAACAGAGAAGCCAAACCAUCUUGAAGUUUGCAGGAUUAAUCGAAAACAUACUAUCGGCCGAUGUUUGCAUCCGAAUCAACAGAUUCGACAUCGAGAUGAUAUGAUAGCAUAGACAGCACUUUCAUGACAAUAGCUUUUUCUUUGCAGUUCUCGUGCCUUUCUUUUGCUGUUAUAGUGCCUAUCAUGCAUCAAUUUGCCUGCGUCCAUGUAUUCUUGAUUACAAUGUAUCCCUCUUUUUUUCAUAUGAUUUGCAAAUUGUCUGCUUUUCUUGAUCUUCAUAAUAGGGUGGUCUCAUUUGAGUGAUAUAUCUGUGGCUUGUCGGUUUCAGUCGAUCAUAAAAGGAAAGUCAGAUGAAGGAAGUC